AUUAAGCCUGAUAUUGUCAAGUCUGAGCAAUUAAAUCACUUUACAAGUCGCGACGUCGUCCCACAUGGUUCGUCUUGUCGUUAUAGGCCAGUCGUUGGGUGUCGUUCAUUGGAAAUAGUUUAAAUUUAGAAUUCCCGUCAGCCAUACUUGGACCAAAUGCUUUCAGUGCGUUUUCGGUGCGGACUUUAACAGCAGUGUUUUGUUUUUUGCUGUUCGCUGUUUUAUAUUGUUUGUGGACAUUCAUUGUGCUGUACGUAUAAACUGUGGUUGUAAGUACAGUGGUUACACUGGGCGUGAGACCGACUAUACAAUCAACGUGAGGCCGCGGUAUUUUCCUCAACGGGAACAAAGAGUUUCGUCAAUUAAUUUAGUGUUCCGCCAGCCUGUUGAUCGGGCCACGUGAAUGCAUACGUGAUGCGAGGCGAGCGUUCGUUCGCGGUAAAAAUCGAAUGCAAAAAUGAUUAAAAGGAACGGUGAUAAUGUAUUUGCGAUCGCGAGCAACAGCCCGUGUGCGGUGCGGAGCGCUGUCUCGCUCUGUCCGGGAGGCGGCGCGGCCACGAGGAUACCGCGCGCGACAGCGGCCAGGAUGACGCCGCCCGACGCGCACCACACCAAGGAAGCGAAUAUUGUUGCUGCAACUUACGUUGAAAAGUGGAAAAACCGAUAUGAAGAAGCCGAAAGAAAACACAAAUCCAGCCUACUCAAAUCCGAAAAAGCCAAACGCGAGCAUGAAGAUCUUCAACGCCGUUUCAACCUGCUGGCAGACGAGCGCGCCCGCCUCGCGGGCUCACUCGCUGAACGGGAGCGAGAGCUCUCAGCGCUGCGAGACGUGUCGGAGAAACUGUUCCAAGAGUACCAGCAGCUCCAGAACCAGAGGGAGGUUGACGAGCAGGUCAUGCAGAAGGUAAUGCAACAAGCUGGCGAAUGGUACAAGCAGAACAAGCAACUGAAGCGGCGAAGCCAGGCCAUCCUGCACGCUCUGCCUGCGCACGCCGAAAUCGACUUUACCGACUCCAACUCCACUGCUUCAGACACCAGCAGCAAUGAAGAGGUGGAGUUCCUGAAGCAGACCGUCUCUGAUCUCAGCAAGCAAGUCGCCUCCCUGCAAGCAGAACUUAGCGCGGCGCGACUUCAGGAGUUCGAGGCUCAUGAGUCCACUGCUGCCCUAGCCCAGGAGCUAGACGCCGAGAAAGAGAAGACAGCAGCACAAGAGAAAGAGCUACAAGAACUGAAGAGUCAGAUCGAGCGGCACCACAGAGUCUCCAAACUGUUGAUGGAAGAAGUGACAGCUCUCAAAGAUCAUGCUGACAAGGACAGAGAGAUGGCUGAAACUUACAAAUCGGAAGCCCGAGACGCCAAGAAGCGCGUCAAAGUGCUCACGCACCAGAGCACGCUGCUGCUGGGGGAGCUGGAGCUGGACGAGCGGCUGAGCCUGCUGCUGGGGGAGGUGGCCGGCCUGCGCGGCGCGCUGGAGCAGCAGGCGGCGCGGCAUCGCGACCACGUCGAGGACCUACAGUUAAAACUAGCAGAAAAACACGAAGACACGGACAUUCUCCUAUGGGAAGAGAAGAUCAGACUAGCAGAAGAAGACGCAAGGAAAGCCGUAGAACGAGCAGAAAUAGCAGAAAGGAAACUUGCAGAAGAGCGGAAUAUAGUAGAACAGAAGCUUGCAGAAGAAAGGAGGAUAGUAGAACAGAAGCUAGCAGAAGAAAGGAAGAUAGUAGAACAGAAGCUAGCAGAAGAACGGAAGAUAGGAGAACAGAAGUUUGAAGAACGGAACGGGAAGAAAUUAGAAGAACAAUGUGUAGUAGAAGAGAGCAGGGAAGUGAAAAUAUCGCCGCCGAAGAAGGGUAGUCUAAUGUCGAGAAUUAGUUAUUUUGAAGGAGGACCGAAAAAAGAAGAUAGGAGAGAAGAGGUGGUCGCACCACCACCACCGCCUUCCCCUCUCACCCCUCCCCCCGCCCCCGGCCCCGCUGCCCUCGCCCCUGCCCCCUCCCCCUGCCCACCCCCCGCGCCGGUGUUCUCCCCGCCGCCCCCUCCCAGCGCGCCGCCCCCUCCCGCAGCACUACCUCCCCCGCCCCCUCCACCCCCUCCCCCGCCGGCCCCGGCGGUGUUCGUGCCGACGGCGGGGGCCGACAUGGCGCACAUGUUGGCCAGUAAACAAGCUAACUUGAAGAAAAGCGUGCAGAAUGGAGGUGAUCCAGCAAUAGACUCAAUCGUGGACCAGAUCAAAGGCGGCAACUUCACCUUGCGGCGCCGCGACCAAAACUUCCUCGAGAAGAAGCCCAAGGAGGAACAACCUGAAGCCGUCAAGGAAAUGCUGGCCAUCCUGGGCACGCUGAGGAAGAGGAGAGCUGUUCAUAGGCCCAGCUUGGUAGGGGUUGGGGAACAGGCGUGACAAGUAUGAAAAUAAGAGGAGAUUAAGAAUAAAUCUAAUUUAGCUCUAACCAUAGACUAAAGUCUUCCUGUGACCACGGCUUGUCAAUUAUUAAAAUUACAAAAUUAUUUGUAAGAAUAUUAUUUACUAUAAAUGUAUUCGUCACAAUCUCAGCUAGGAUACUAAAUUGUUAUUUAUAAUGCUUUCACUGCAGACGAUUUUCACUACAUGGUUUUCCACGCUGAGUUAAAAGGGAUUUUAGUUUUAAAUGUUGCCUUUAAAAACCAUAUUUGUUCCAUUAAGACAUGACAUUUUUUGUAUUUUAUAUCGAAUACUAUAAAUUGUAAAGACAUUUAUGAUAAAAUUUAUGCAUUUAGCCAGUUUAAGGCUGUUAUGAACAUUCUGAACGCUAUUGCUUCGCCAACAAGGCUCAAUUUAGCUUGCAUUUUAUACCUACUUUUAAUAUUUUAAAAGUAGAACUUAGAUUGAAAUAAAAUAACUGCCAACACUUUUGUUGGGUGUUUUAAUAUUUAUGACAUUUUCUAUUUAAUAAUACAAAUAUUCAAAGUC